AUGGCGCCGCCUGCCGCCCGCCUCGCCCUGCUCUCUGCCGCGCUGGCUCUGGCCGCCCGCCCCGGCCCCGGACCCGGCCUCGGACCCGGACCCGGAGCAGGACCGACGCCCGAAUGUUUCACAGCAAAUGGAGUCGACUACAGGGGCAGGCAGAACUGGACGGCGCCGCAUGCAGGGAAGGCCUGCCUCUUCUGGAACGAGACCUUCCAGCACCCCUAUAACACUCUGAAGUACCCCCAUGGAGAGGGGGGCCUGGGGGACCACAACUUCUGCAGGAACCCCGAUGGAGAUGUGAGUCCUUGGUGCUACGUGGCCGAGCAUGAGGAUGGCGUCUACUGGAAAUACUGUGAGAUCCCAGCCUGUCAGAUGCCUGGAAAUCUUGGCUGCUACAGAGACCACGGGAACCCCCCUCCUCUGACGGGAGCCAGUAAGACGUCCAACAGGCUCACGAUUCAGAGCUGCAUCAGUUUCUGUCGGAGUCAGAGAUUCAAGUUUGCUGGGAUGGAAUCUGGUUACGCUUGUUUCUGUGGCAACAAUCCCGAUUACUGGAAGUAUGGGGAGACAGCCAGCACUGAAUGUAACAGCGUCUGCUUUGGGGACCACACCCAGCCCUGUGGCGGUGAUGGCAGGAUCAUCCUCUUCGACACGCUCGUGGGAGCCUGUGGUGGCAACUACACCGCCGUGUCCUCGGUCAUCUACUCUCCUGACUUUCCUGACACGUACGCUGCCGGGCGGGCUUGCUACUGGACCAUCCGUGUCCCUGGGGCCUCCCGCCUCCUCUUCAGCUUUACUCUGUUUGACAUCAGGGACUCAGUAGACAUGGUCGAACUGCUGGACGGCUACACCCACCGCGUCCUGGUGCGCUUCAAUGGCCGCAGUCGCCCUCCCCCGUCUUUUAACAUCUCCCUGGACUUCGUCAUCUUAUACUUCUUCUCUGACCGCAUUAAUCAGGCCCAGGGAUUUGCUGUCAUAUAUCAAGCUCUCAAGGAGGAGACACCUCAGGCGGGGCCCACCCUCAACCAGACCCUCACUGAGGUGAUCACUGAGCAAGCUAACCUCAGCAUCAGCGCUGCCCGAGCCUCCAAGGUCCUCUACGUCAUCACGACCAGUCCCAGCCACCCUCCCCGGGCUGUCCCAGGGUGGACGGUAUACGGCCUUGCAAGCCUCCUCAUCCUCACCAUUACAGCCAUUUUAGCCAAAGUCCUCCUGCACGUCACAUUCAAGGCCCAGCAUGUGGCUGCUCCCGGGGAGCUUCGGAACUGCCACCAGCCUGGACCUCCUGGAGAGAUCUGGAGCAUUUUCUACAAGCCUGCCACCUCUGUCUCCAUCUUCAAGAAGAAGCUUAAGAGCCAGAGCCAGCAGGAUGACCGCAACCCCCUUGUGGGUGACUAAGGAGGCCUCCCCAGCUUGGUCCUCAGCACUGGGCCCCCCCCCACCACCACCACAGCCAGGUCCAAAGGGACGAGGGCCUGGCGUUGGCCUCCCUAUUGUUUCUCACACUCCUCACAUGCAGCCACACUCACACCACACCCCCACCAUUUAUCUGACCCAGAGAAAGGAGGCCAAAGGCUUAAGCUGAGGCUAUGGGCUGGGUAGGUGGCCCUCUGUUUCAACUCCAUCCUUUGUCUGACAGUAAGAGUCUGGAUACAGGAUUGGCCUGGGCCUGGACUCGAUGAAUCUGACGGUUAGCCACGUGUCGGGUUCUAGACAGUGAGAUCUUACAUUAGGCCAUGGCCUGCUGAGCACCCCUCCCUGGGCCUCCCAGGCCCAUGUCCUUGGACCUCUGCACCCCUUCUGUCACGGCAAUCCAAGAGGAGCCAUUGUGGGCCCUCCUUGGCCUGCACCUGUGCCCAGCACUAAAGGUCAUUCGUUUCCCCAGUGGCCUGGAGUAAGCAGCCUAGUCACAGCCCUGGCAGCAUUCAGCAUGGGUGUGAUGACCUGGGCUACUGUCACCAGAAGGCAGCCUGUCUGGUAGAGUAGACUUGAGGAGCAGGCGUUCCCAGGAGCUGAUCCAAGGCCAUCUGACUCCUCCAUGAUACCCUGGACAGGCAUCAGCAUGGCCAAGGCUCCUGGGAUGCAGCCCUGAGCUCAGGAGGGGUUGCCCUGCUGCAGGGGCUUCCCGCUGCAAGGAUGAUGUGGCCAUCUCUCCUCCCCCUUCACAUCCACCUCAUACGUUCCAUGCCUUCCACCUGGAGGCCAAAGGGGAAGUCCAAAGAAAUGACCAGCAUAGACCCAUGGAUGGGCCUCUGAGAGACAGAUGCUCCAGGCCUUUGGGCCCCCAAGACUGAGCCCCAGCUGCCCUGGGCUGGUGACUGAUGGCUGUCGCUAUUUUAGAAACUCCAAGGCCAUUUGAGAACAGACCCAGGGGUCAACAGCAGCUGAGAGGAGGGCAGCAGGCCUCCCAAGGGCCCCCCUGGGCUUUGUGUGGGUGUCUGGCUGGUGCCAUCUGUCUGAGGAGGGGCCUUUGUGCGGGGCUCACUUCUGACUUCACACACACGGUAUUUUAAGUUCUGUGCAUACCUCCCCAAAGUCCCUGAGCCACUCCCCGGCGAGUCCCGUGCCAGGGCUGCAGAGGGAGUGGAAGAACAGCUGGGUUCUAUCUGCCGUGGGGGGCGGUGGCUGGUAACCUGAGUCGGGGGCAAGGACAAAGGAAGAGGAAGAGCCAAGGACACAUGAACCAGACCCUUCCCAUGCUUUGCUUUGCUUUAAGAGCCCAUUGGGACAUGACCAAAGGGAGCCAGCAUCUCAGUCUGGCUCUGGGGGCCCGAGGAUAGGAGACAGGAGCCAUGUCCUUGGGGUCUUUGGAGAGUGUAGCCUGUUAGCUGGGCCACCCCACCGGGCUAUUCUUGGUGCUCCUGGGAUCUGCUUACAACACUUGGGACAGGUGUGUAUGGCCAAGGGGCUGGGGCUGAGAAUAGCCUGGCUAGAAGCAUCAGGCCCUGAACCUUGGCCAAGGUCUCAGCCCAGCGUAGGAGUGGCUGUCAAGCCCGCCUUUAGGAAAAUCUUCCUCCACCCCACCUCCUCCACACAGGCAUGCAAGAGAUGAACCAAGAGUGGCCAUCUAGGACCCAUGCUGGCCAACUCUGUCUGCCCUGUCCACCAGGGCUCUGGAAGGGGCUGGUAAACAUCAGUUUCCCCUGCCCCCAAGAAAACAGAUACACAGCUGGGGGUGGUGGUGCCAGACUCCAAGAAAACACCUGAGAAAGGAGGAGAAGUCCAGGCCCAAAGGCUCAACCUUUCAGAGAGACUUAAAAUUCAAGGCACGUAAGAGGAGCUUUCUGAGUUCCUUCUCAGGAAGGAAGUGAUGGAAAAGCUGCUUGACUGCUUCAGCUGUUCUGAAAGAUUUGGGGUUUGAUCCUGUGGCACUGCCCCAGUCCACCAGCCUCCCAGCAGGCUGAAGAAGAGGACUGGGCAGGCCUGGUACCCCAGGGGCCUGCUUGGAGAGCCCCCAGCCCACUCCCUGUCUGGGGGGAGGGCGGUGGUUCCCUGUACAUUUUUGUAAAUGGUUCAGGACCUCCCUGGGAAAUUCUUCUGUGAUAAGUAAGGGGUAUGGACAGAAAAGAUGACUGUGGUUAAUCCCAAGUGGGUCAAAGCCUCUGAGACAGAGGGGCCCUGGUGGAUUGGCCCAAGAACAUGGGCUCAGGACAGGUGCAGUAGAUGACCACCAGGCCCUUUCCCUGCCCAAAGUCCCAAGGAAGCCCCUGAACCCUCUGGCUGCCCAGACCAUGCCCAGUGCCAGCCCUAGCUGCUCUUGUUGGGGGGGGAGGGUACGUGCCAGCAACCCCACUGAACCUCGAGGCCUCCAACUCUCCUCAUCUGUGAGGAAAACCUCUCAAGGCCUUUCCAGCUCUAAAGAUCACAUUUGCCUAACGUUCAGUCUCGCCUUCAGGGAUCUCGGUUUCCAUGGGGCUGGCUAUGGGCAAGUCGGGGUCUGCAGGUGUAGAGUCUGAGAUGUUUGCACUUAGUCAUGAGAAGCACUUAUGUGAACAGCAACAUUUGUCCUGAAUCCCCAGCUCUUGGGCAGGGGCUUCCCUGGGUCCGAGGCCCGUUCUCCCCGUCCUUGCCAACCCCUCAGUAAGUCUGGACAGCACACGCACACACCUCGCUGGCAUCCAUCAUUGGAUUCAGGUCAGGCCAUUUCCUCUUGGUUUGUUCGUGGGUUUCUCUUCUCUUGGUGUGUCUGCUUUCCUCAUGCGCUUGGGAAUUUGAUGGCACUUCUGCUACCCUUGGUUACCUGCCCUUUUCUCGUGGUUAGACCCUUGGCAGAUCUCUCCCUGGGGCCUUUUUGGCCUGGGGUCUAAUUCCUGAGUUUUUUUUGACCCCAUUAACCUUCCUUCUCACCAUCUUCCCCCUCCCCAUCAGAGCUCAGGCCUCAAGAGCUCUGCCCUGCUCCCUCACCAAGGCCCCUCAAGAGAUGCUCCCCCCACCUCGGUCCAUCCACCUGCCAAGCAGAAUGGCCUCCACAAUCAAGAACCAGGAGAGAGAAUUGGACCUUGAUUUAAGGUUAUCCACAUGAGGAGCCUGUUUGAAGGCUGAAAUGGGGGCCCCUCUUCCCGCUUGCCAAAGAGAGGCCGCCAGUGGCAUUCACACACUCCACGGGGAACGUUCUGAGUCUCUCCUCCAUCUGGAUUUUUAUCUUUGGAAGACAAAGCUUGAUUUGUAAAUAUGCUUAAUAAGCAACUUUGGGAAUAAAAUAGAAACACCAUGGAUUUUUAAGAUAGAAGAUGAAGUGUGACACACUGUAUACAAUUUAAUAUAUAUUUUUAGGAAUUUUGUUAUUUAAGAAAAUGGAAUGUGCCUGUACUUUACAGAAAAGAGAGAAAGAAAUGUUAUUUUACUGUCUGGACAAAAUAAAUGUUCUUGUUGUUGUAAACCAA